UUCGCCCUCCUCGUCGCUACGGCCCUCCGGGACUCCACACCAUGGGGAUGACCACGGAAGAAGUGGUGCGUCGCGCCUUUCUCAACGCCGACGUGGAUCAGUCCGGGACACUGGAUAUUCAAGAGUUUGGUCGGCUAUUGCAGCUGCUGAACCCCAGUACUUGGAGCCAAGAGCGCUUGCAGCUCUUCUUUUUACGCGCGGACAAGGAUGGUUCCGGACGAGUGGACCUACAAGAAACCUUGGACUGGCUGCUGUAUGGCGCAUCUCGAAGGAAGAAGGAGGAGGUGGCCGCGUCACGUCCAGCGGCCCUGGACGACGCAGUGCUGGAGGACAUCGCGGAGCGCAAGCGGCGGAGCUCCGAGGUGUCGCGCAUCAUGAAAGCCUUUGACGAUGCAGACUUCAACAAAGAUGGCUACUUAGACAAGGAGGAGUUCGCCCGGCUGCUGAUGCACCUGGACCCCAAACGCUUCAGCGACCCCAAGAAGCUGACCUCGGCCUUCCUGAAAGCGGACAACGAUCGCAGUGGGAGUCUGGAGACCGGAGAGGUGGAGGCUUGGUUGCGAGAAUACCUCGCGAAGGCCGGCAUCAGUGAAGAGGAGGAACUCUACAUGCUCCUUACCUGGCGCGACAAUCGUAACGCGGGACCCUUGCGUUUGGAUGACUUGUUGGGCGCAUUUCAAUCCUGUACUUCUCAAGGGAUGAGCGCUCGCUUCAGAGGGCAUGUUCCCCAAGCAGUUCCAGGCUUUUUUGAACCCCACGAUGUUUCACCCAUGGAAUUUGUGAUGCUCUUCGAGCAUUUGCGCGAGCAUCGCGAUGCCACGGAUAAAGAGAUUCGGGAACAGUUAAGUUCCUAUUCCUGGCGGCGAAAGAACAAACAGGAGAUGAAGCGAAGCUUCUCAGGGAACCUGACCAGCUUGCUUAACAGCUUAGGUCAUAAUCCCAACACCCCGGUGGGUUUGGGGCUCUUUAAACAACUCCUCGCCGUCCUUACAGCAAUUUUGCGUAUCGAUCGCGAGCACAUGCUCAUGUUCUUCGCAUGGUCGAAGACAGGGCACUUUCAGCUGACCGAUUCGAUCAUCGAAAAGGUCCUGGAAAAGGUCUUCAUGAAGGUCCCAAAGUCCAAAGAACCCUUGCUGUCAAUGAGCGUCAGUGAGAAUGACUUCUAUCGCGUGUGUUUUAGCAUGGAUGUGCUGGAUACCAACGGCCGUCACGGAAUUCCGCGCGGGCAGAUCGCAUUGAUCUUUCAGGACAUCCUCCGCAACAUGUCGCAGAAGCUCUCCGACCGCGAGGCCUUGAAGAAGCCCUUCCGCCGCAAGGAUAAGAGUCCCAAGAAAGGCUCCAAAGGCAGCUCAGGCACGACGCUCACCCCGUCCUCGCCGGCCGCGAUCCCGGUGUGCCUCCGUCACGAGUUACGGGGCACCAAGGAAAUCGGCCUCCUCCUGGAGAUGCUCUGGUCCGCCCUGCCGGGUCGUCCGUUUCCCACGGUGCUGGAUAUGGUCAUGAACUUCCUGGAACGCGCCGCGCAGCAAGCUGCAGCCCCGCGCGCGGCGUCGCCGCCUGCGCCCAGGGCGCCGUCGCCGCCGAAGGCGGGUGACGAAGAUUAGGUCAGCAGCGUUGGCGAAAGAGAUGCCACAAAGAUUCAUGGAAUGUUCG